CUUUUCCGCCUCAGCUCCAGCUUCGCCGCCACGAUUGGCCAGCCGACCUCCUCGUCUCGGCCAAUAAACGCUGCCCUCUCGCCCCCGUGUUACUGGGUAGAACAAAACAAAAACAAACAGAGCGAGAGGGGCCAGAGACACUCCGAAGCGGCGGCAGAGGCUGAGGAACGGGGUCUGGGCCGACAGACCGGGGAACUGGGCGAGCAGCGGCUGUGGCCCGAGGGAUUCUAAAGGAAGACUUUCAUUUGGUAAUUUGUUUAAUCAGUGCAAGUGAAAUUAAGAAACAAUGGAUGUAGAAAAUGAGCAGAUACUGAAUGUAAACCCUACAGAUCCUGAUAAUUUGAGUGACUCUCUUUUUUCUGGUGAUGAAGAAAAUACUGGGACUGAGGAAAUAAAGAAUGAAAUAAAUGGAAAUUGGAUUUCAGCAUCCUCCAUUAAUGAAGCUAGAAUUAAUGCCAAGGCAAAAAGGCGACUACGGAAAAACUCAUCCCGAGACAGUGGCAGAGGAGAUUCAGUUAGUGAUAAUGGAAGUGAAGCCCUUAGAAGUGGAGUAACUGUGCCAACCAGCCCAAAGGGAAGGUUGCUAGAUAGGCGAUCCAGAUCUGGGAAAGGAAGGGGACUACCAAAGAAAGGUGGUGCAGGAGGUAAAGGUGUUUGGGGUACACCUGGGCAGGUGUAUGAUGUGGAGGAAGUAGAUGUGAAAGAUCCUAACUAUGAUGAUGACCAGGAAAACUGUGUUUAUGAAACUGUAGUUUUGCCUUUGGAUGAAAGAGCAUUUGAGAAGACUUUAACACCAAUCAUACAGGAAUAUUUUGAGCAUGGAGAUACUAAUGAAGUUGCGGAAAUGCUGAGAGAUUUAAAUCUUGGUGAAAUGAAAAGUGGAGUACCAGUGUUGGCAGUGUCCUUAGCAUUGGAGGGGAAGGCAAGUCAUAGAGAAAUGACAUCUAAGCUUCUUUCUGACCUUUGUGGGACAGUAAUGAGCACAAAUGAUGUGGAAAAAUCAUUUGAUAAAUUGUUGAAAGAUCUACCUGAAUUGGCAUUGGAUACUCCUAGAGCACCACAGUUGGUGGGCCAGUUUAUUGCUAGAGCUGUUGGAGAUGGAAUUUUAUGUAAUACCUAUAUCGAUAGUUACAAGGGAACUGUAGAUUGUGUACAGGCUAGAGCUGCUCUGGAUAAAGCUACCGUGCUCCUGAGUAUGUCUAAAGGUGGAAAGCGUAAAGAUAGUGUAUGGGGCUCUGGAGGUGGGCAGCAACCUGUGAAUCACCUUGUUAAAGAGAUUGAUAUGCUGUUGAAAGAGUAUUUACUGUCUGGAGACAUACCUGAAGCUGAACAUUGCCUUAAGGAACUGGAAGUACCUCAUUUUCACCAUGAGCUUGUAUAUGAAGCUAUUGUAAUGGUUUUAGAGUCAACUGGAGAAAAUACAUUUAAGGUGAUCUUGGAUUUAUUAAAAUCCCUUUGGAAGUCUUCUACCAUUACUGUAGACCAAAUGAAAAGAGGUUAUGAGAGAAUUUAUAAUGAAAUUCCAGACAUUAAUCUGGAUGUCCCACAUUCAUACUCUGUGCUUGAGCGAUUUGUAGAAGAAUGUUUUCAGGCUGGAAUAAUUUCCAAACAACUCAGAGAUCUUUGUCCUUCAAGGGGCAGAAAGCGUUUUGUAAGCGAAGGAGAUGGAGGUCGUCUUAAACCGGAGAGCUACUGAAUAUAGGAACUCUUGCAGUCUUAGAUAUUAUAAAAAUAUAUAUCUGAAUUGUAAGAGUUGUUAGCACAGGUUUUUGUUUUUUUUUUUUUUUUUUUUUAGCACUUGUUUUGGGUACAAGGCAUUUCUGAAAUUUUAUAAACUUACAUUUAAGGGGAACUUUUAAAAGAAUUUUUUUUUUUUUUUGAGGGGGAAAGGAGAGACAGAAAAGUAACUUCUUAAGUGGAAUAUUCUAAUAAGCUACCUUUUGUAAGUGCCAUGUUUAUGACCUAAUCAUUCCAAGUUUUGCAUUGAUGUCUGACUGCCACUCCUUUCUUUCAAGGACAGUGUUUUUUGUAGUAAAAUCACUGGUUUAUACAAAGCUUUAUUUAGGGGGUAAAGUUAAGCUGCUAAAAUACCCCAUGUUGGCUGCUGCUGUUGAAAAACUGUGCUUUGGGAGUAAAAAAAAAAAAAAAAAGGUUAUUUCUUUGUCUUAAAGAAUUUUUAAAAAAUGAGUUAGUCAUAAGACUUAUUCAUCUUUCCAGGGAACAUAUUGAUUGGUCUUAAAGACUAGACAGUUAAGUAAACGGUGGCUGGAACAUCUAUUUUUCUACAAAACUGGAAAAAUGAACCUGGUUUGAGAAGAAUGUACAACAAAAUAAAACAUGUGAAACAGU